AUGCGGGCCCCGUACCUGUUCCAUGCAGACCUAGGGCGUGCGGCUUCGGCACUUGGCAGCAUGCGGGCCCAGUACCUGUCCUAUGCAGACCUAGGGCGUGCGGCUUCGGCACUUGCAGCAUGCGGGCCCAGUGCCUGUCCUAUGCAGACCCUAGGGCACGUGGGCUUCGGCACUUGCAGCAUGUGGGCCCAGUGCCUGUCCUAUGCAGACCCUAGGGCACGUGGGCUUCGGCACUUGGCAGCAUGUGGGCCCCGUACCUGUCCUAUGCAGACCCUAGGGCACGUGGGCUUCGGCACUUGGCAGCAUGCGGGCCCCGUACCUGUCCUAUGCAGACCUAGGGCGUGCGGCUUCGGCACUUGCAGCAUGCGGGCCCAGUGCCUGUCCUAUGCAGACCUAGGGUGUGCGGCUUCGGCACUUGCAGCAUUCAGGCCCAGCACUGGUUCUGUGCUGGCUCUGGGGUGUGCGGGCUUCAGUAGCUGUGGUGUUCCGGCUGAGUUGCUCCGUAGCAUGUGGUCUGUGUUUUGCUUGACUUUCUGGGACAGCCAGGUGCAAAGUUUCUGGAGCCAAGGCUCGGCGAGACCCAGAGCCGAGCUCCGCCCGCGGCGCGUAUCCCUGUCCCCGUCCUCGGGCGCGAGGCGGGGCGCCGCUCGGGCGAGGCCCCCGCCGCCGAGCGUUGCUGGGCGGGACCGGACGCCGCCGCCCGCGCCCCCAGCCCCCCUGUCCCGCCCCCGCGCCCGCCGGCCCGAGCCCUGCGCCCCCCGGCUGCUAACCCCGUGCCCCGCACCCGCCCUGGCCCCUGGCUCCGGCCCCGCGCCCCAGCCCGCGGGCGCGCCGGGCUCGGACAUGGAGCCGCUGUUCCUGGCCUGGAGCUACUUCAGGCGCAGGAGGUUCCAGCUCUGCGCCGACCUGUGCACGCAGAUACUGGAGAAGUCCCCUUGUGACCAGGAACCAGAUCCUGCAUUGCCAGUGUCUCAGGCGGCCUGGAUUUUGAAAGCGCGCGCGCUGACUGAAAUGGUGUACGUAGAUGAAAUUGACGUAGAUCAGAACGGAAUCGCAGAAAUGAUGCUGGAUGAGAAUGCUAUUGCUCAAGUUCCCCGUCCUGGAACAUCUCUGAAACUCCCUGGAACUAAUCAGACAGGAGGGCCUAGCCCCACGGUCAGGCCGAUCACUCAGGCUGGAAGACCCAUUACAGGUUGUCUGAGGUCCGGCACGCAGAGCGGAAGGCCAGGCACUUUGGAGCAGGCCAUCAGGAUGCCGAGGACCGCCUACACUGCCCGCCCCAUUGCCAGCUCAUCUGGGAGGUUUGUCAGGCUGGGAACGGCUUCCAUGCUUACAAGUCCUGAUGGACCUUUUAUAAAUUUAUCUAGACUGAAUUUAACAAAAUAUGCCCAGAAACCUAAAUUGGCAAAGGCUCUGUUUGAGUAUAUCUUUCAUCAUGAAAAUGAUGUUAAGACUGCUUUGGAUUUGGCUGCCCUUUCCACGGAGCAUUCUCAGUACAAGGACUGGUGGUGGAAAGUGCAGCUUGGAAAAUGUUACCACAGGUUAAGAUUGUAUCGUGAAGCAGAGAAACAAUUUAAAUCAGCCCUGAAGGAGCAGGAAAUGGUAGAUACAUUUCUCUACUUGGCAAAAGUUUACAUCUCAUUGGAUCAACCCGUGACUGCUAUAAAUCUUUUCAAACAAGGCUUAAACAAGUUUCCAGGAGAGGUAACCUUACUUUACGGAAUUGCCAGGAUCUAUGAGAAGAUGAACAACACGUCGUCAGCCGCUGAAUACUACAAAGAGGUUUUGAAACAAGACAAUACCCACGUGGGAGCCAUUGUAUUCAUUGGGAUUGACCACUUCUACGCUGAGCAGCCAGAAGUAGCGCUCCGGUUUUUCAGGCGAGUCCUCCAGAUGGGUGUUUACAACUGCCCGCUUUUUAACAACCUGGGGCUGUGUUGCUUCUACGCCCAGCAGUACGAUAUGACUCUGACCUCGUUUGAACGUGCCCUUUCUCUGGCUGAAGAUGAAGAGGAGGUCGCUGCCGUCUGGUACAACUUGGGACAUAUUGCUGUGGGGGUAGGGGACAUGAACCUGGCCCACCAGUGCUUCCGGCUGGCUCUCGUGAGCGACAACAGCUUCGCGGAGGCCUACAACAACCUGGCCGUGCUGGAGAUGCGGAGGGGCCACGUGGAGCAGGCAAAAGCACUGUUACAAACUGCAUCAUCUUUAAUACCCAAUUUGUACGAGCCACAUUUUAACUUUGCAACAAUUUCUGAUCAGAUUGGAGAUCUACAGAGGAGUUAUGUUGCUGCUCAGAAGUCUGCGGCAGCAUUUCCAGCUCACAUGGACACGCAACGCUUAAUUGAGCAGUUAAAGCAGCAUUUUGCUACGCUCUGAUUUUUCCUCAGCUAAAUAUAUUCGUAUAUAUGUAUUUAGGGAAAAAGUAGUAUAUUUGUAAUACAAACCUGUGCUUGAUAUUAGUGAAGGUGACGUAAGGGGAUUUAAACCAGAAUGUUUAAAACUGUACAAUAAUAACUUAAUAAGAUAACGUCAUUUUUAAAAGACAAGAUUUAAUUGUUUGUAAGCAGAUCGUGACCUCCUACAGUAUAUGGUACAUGUUUGUUUACAAUAUUUACAAAACAUUUUCAUGAAUUUCUUCAAAUUGUUAAAAAUACACAUUGUUAAUGUCCUUCAGUUGGCCAUUAGCUACCAUGUAGCUUAAGAGGUGUGAAAUCUGCCUUUAAAGUUGCACUUUUAUGGCUAAAAAUUAUAUACUUACCCUUGGUACAGACUUUAGAAAUUAAAGGUUGUAUUUAAAGCUGUUUUUUAUGAAAUGCUUUGUGAGACAUUCAACAUUUUCUUAUAUAUUAUGCUUUAAAUAAAUGUAUAUAAAACACCA